AUGAUUUCCAAGAGAUUGAGAGUGCUUGCAUUGAUGUUUGUGUUUGUUUUAGGGAUAGUUGAGUGUCGAAAGUUUGAGGAGGAUUUGGAUGGUGGUGCUAGGAGAGAGCUUACUUUUGGUGGUUUUGGUGGGCGUGGGAUAGCCAAAGGAGGAUUUGGCGGCGGCGGCGGUUUUGGAGGUGGUUUUGGAGUAGGGAUUAGAGGUGGUGGUGGUGCUAGAGGUGGAGCUGGUGGGGGUGCAGGAGGAGGGUUCGGUGGCGGCGGUGGGGGUGGAUUAGGUGGUGGUGCUGGAGGAGGGCUUGGCGGGGGUGCCGGUUUAGGAGGUGGAGCUGGUGGUGGUGCUGGAGGAGGGCUUGGUGGUGGUUUAGGAGGAGGAGCCGGUGGGGGUGCUGGAGGAGGGCUUGGUGGUGGUUUAGGAGGAGGAGCCGGUGGGGGUGCUGGAGGAGGGCUUGGCGGUGGUGCCGGUUUAGGAGGUGGAGCUGGUGGUGGUGCUGGAGCUGGUGGUGGUGCUGGAGCAGGUGGCGGUGUUGGAGGAGGGCUUGGUGGUGGGGGUGGUGCAGGUGGUGGAGUUGGAGGAGGAAUUGGAGGUGGUGCGGGUGGAGGUGGAGGAUUUAUGUACUUGUUUUCUAUUAAUUAUAAUUCAAAUCAAUUCAAUAAUGGUACUUGA